AUGAAUUGUGAACAAGCCGAUCGCAAACAUUUACCUAUUCCAGAACUCAUCGAAGGCAGAACUCAUCGAAGGCAGAACUCAUUGAAGGCAGAACUCAUCGAAGGCAGAAUUUUCAUGAAUUGUGAACACGCCGAUCGCAAACAUUUACCUAUUCCAGAACUCAUCGAAGGCAGAACUCAUCGAAGGCAGAACUCAUCGAAGGCAGAACUCAUCGAAGGCAGAAUUUUCAUGAAUUGUGAACACGCCGAUCGCAAACAUUUACCUAUUCCAGAACUCAUCGAAGGCAGAACUCAUCGAAGGCAGAACUCAUCGAAGGCAGAACUCAUCGAAGGCAGGUUGGUUGUUCUUUCGGGUUCAACUGAAUAG